AAUUUAAUAAGAGUUAAAUCAACAGUAUUUAUCUAAUUUGGGUCACAAUCUUAUCAUGAGCAACUUAAUAUAUGGAUUAAUGUGUUUUUUCCUAUACAACUUAUAUUUACAAUAUUAUUAUUAGUGUUAAAUUACAUUGUUUUAUUAUAGUAUUAUCAUAAAAUAUUUUUAUCAAGGUAUUAUUCAUUAAAUUUUGUUAUGUUUAAUAUUUAUCAUUUGAUAUUUACUUUAUAAUAAAUAUUAAAUAAUAUUUAGUAUUUGUGAAUAUUACCACACAAAAUUUUGAUAUGUAUAUUGCCCUUAAAUAAUAUGAGCUUUAAUACCGGUUAGAAAAUUUUCAGUGCAAAAACAAUAGUAUUAAUAUAAUGUUUUAGUGUUGGAUUGAAAAUGACACUGUAUUUCUCUUAGCGUGGACUUAGAUGAUCUUAAGAUGAUUCAGUACCCAGUCAUAUUCAAAUAUGUUACCACACCUCUCUAUUAUUUAUAUUCUUCCUCCUCUAAAACACAUUCAAUAAAAACCAUCACAAUUACCGCAAUCGCCAUGAACACCUUCCAACCGCCUCCGCCUCUGGUGAUGCCGGGCUACAACCACCUCCUUGGCACAGAAGACAUCGUAGGAUUCAGAUACAGAAUUGGAUUCUCCAUCGGAGUGCUCCUUCUGAUCAUCACCACAAUCACCCUCAUCUCCUACUUCUGCAAACGUAGCCAGCUCUCUUCUUCAACAUCACCAGAUUGGGCACGUGUGCAUCACCACUUCAUCAUCGACGGUCUGGACGAUGAGACUAUUCAAAGCUACCCAAAGAUCCUCUACUCAGAAGCAAAAGUAAAUUCAACGUCGUCGUGUUGUCCAAUAUGCUUGGGAGACUACAAGGGGAAUGAUCUGCUGCGGCAACUGCCAGACUGCAACCACUUCUUUCACCUCAAAUGUGUCGACAUGUGGCUUAGAAUCAAUCCUACAUGUCCUGUCUGCCGUACUUCGCCGCUUCCUACUCCUCAGGCCACUCCCCUCGCCGAGGUUGUCCACUCAGCCUCCUCCGUGGCCACCACCAGGAUGUCCUAAUUAUUAUAAGUCGAAGUCAAGCCUAACCUUCGGGAUAUUCGUCUUUACUUCCUAUACAAGUCUUCUUUUUUGGUCAUUGUAUAUAUUAUUUGAAGCCCCAAAACAUGUAAAAGGAAGGAAAAGUAAAGCUUAAUUAUUUCACAUUUUUGUUGGAUAAACUGCUUUGAUUUUUUUUUUGUCAAAUUGAAUUUUACAUACGUACGAAGAAAGCUUAAUUGAAGUCGUGUUGAAUAUCAUCGAGAGGGACUUGAGAUGUGUGUUUCUUCAUUAAUUCUUGGCUCGUAUUUAAAUUUUGGGCUCUAUUGUCAAUUUAUACGGUAUAUGAUAUGAGAAACUUUUAAGAGUAAGAGAUCCAAAACAUUGACAAAAAGAAAGAAAUGAAACACUCGAAACGACUUUUGUAUCGAACCACAACUGUCUGGAAUUAAAGUCAAGCAUUUUAAGAGUAAAAAUAUCACACCAAAUUCAUUUCCACAUAUAACUUUAGUUUUUAGUUUGAAUUGUGUGUUUAUUCACGAAACACUUUCUAAGAUAGUAUAUAUUUACAUUUCACACUAA